AUGCCGGACCAGGGCUUUGAUCCAGAUAGGCACAUGAACGCUACCAGCAGUCACAUGCAGCCAGCACCAGAGAUGCCGAGCAAGAUUUUCACACCUGCCUGCCCACUAUUUCCCACACGAGGAAAACGACAGUGGAGUCACUGUGGCAGGGAGCGGAAUAUGGGGCUCCCUCCUUUAUUCCCUCGCCCGCCCGUUAUUGAAAACAUCAGAGAGCGGGGAGGAGCGGGACGCGCAGCCCAUCGCAGUCCCCCAGGCCCUGCGCCGCAGCCCAGAGGCACCCGGCAGGCGGCCGCACCCCAGCGGGACGCGCCACCGCCUCCGCCGUCUCAGCCCCGCCGGACCCCGAGGCACACACAGGCCCGGGCCGGACCCGGGCCGCAAGGAGAAGGGCGGAACACGCAGGUGCCGGGCCGGACCGGAGGGCGCUCAGCCCGCCGGCGGCAGUGCGCGGCCCCGGACCCACCGCGCGACGCACACCUACCGUCCGACGCACACCCACCGCCCGGGCCGCCGGGCCCGCCUCCUCCGGGCGCAGCAGGAAGUGCCGCUGCGGUGUCACCAUGGGAGCCGGGCACGCCACGGCGGCCCCUGUGCUCCCACCUCGGCACAGCAUGGGGAAGCGGCAGCAGAGCCCGCAGGGCACCCAAGCUUAUCGGACAAGACGUUGCUGACAUCAGGCGGGUUUUUUUUGAGGCCGUGGACCGGCCACAGCACCGCCGGGCUAAAGCACACGACACGGGGCCGGCCACGGCACGCUGCCAGCGCCUCCCCACCGCGGCGGGGGCCGAGCGCUCCUCGCAGCAUUCGUCUCUUGCGGGGCGGCUCCGUCCCCCCGAGCGUGCUGACCGCAGACCGCUCGGCUUUCCACCAACCCCGGUGGAAAACUCGCGCCUGUUCCCUGAGACACGCUGCUGCCGCCGCCGCCAUGACGCCGCAGUGACGCGCGCGGGCCGCGCCGACGGGGGCGGGGCCGUGCGGCCGUUGGCGGGGCGGGGCCGCGCCGCGUGCCCGCCCCCCCGUGUCCGCCCGCCCGCUCGGCGCUGCCGGGGCCGCUGCGGAGCCUCCGCGAGGGAGACGGGAGAGUCGGCGCCGCUGCUGCCGCCUGGGUGA